GACCCGGCCGUAGACCGGGGAGGCGGCACAAAAGCGCCGAGGGCUCCCCGCGGGCCCGGAGCGGCGCGGGGACCCCGGCACCAUGCGCGCCGCGCGGCUGGGCCCCUGGGCGACCCUGGCCCUGCUGCUGGCCACCCUCGACCCCGCGCGGGGCACCGGCGCCACCAGCGCCCCCGAGGGGCCCUCGGAUCGCGGCGCCCCGCAGAAAGGCCGCCUGUCCCUGCAGAACACAGCUGAUAUCCAGCGCUGCUUGGUCAAUGCAGGCGAUGUAGGAUGUAGCGUCUUUGAAUGUUUUGAGAAUAACUCCUGUGAGAUUCGGGGCUUGCAAGGGAUUUGUAUGACAUUUCUGCACAACGCUGGAAAAUUCGAUGCCCAGGGCAAGUCCUUCAUCAAAGAUGCCCUCAAGUGCAAGGCCCACGCCCUGCGCCACCGGUUCGGUUGCAUCAGCCGGAAGUGCCCGGCCAUCAAGGAGAUGGUGUUCCAGCUACAGCGUGAGUGCUACCUCAAGCACGACCUGUGCGCAGCGGCCCAGGACAACAUCGGGGUCAUGGUGGAGAUGAUCCACUUUAAGGACCUGCUGCUUCAGGAGCCCUACGUGGACCUGGUGAACCUGCUGCUGACCUGCGGGGAGCAGGUGCGGGAGGCCGUCACCCACAGCGUCCAGGCUCAGUGUGAACAGGACUGGGGGGGCCUCUGCUCCAUCCUGAGCUUCUGCACCUCCACCAUCCAGCAGCCGCCCACCGUGCCGCCCGCCGGCCAGCCCCUGGGGGCCGGGAACCUGGCAGGAGUGGGGGAGCCCGGCAGCAGCGGGGAGAGGGCCCGGGGUGGCCGGGGCGGAAGAGAGAACAAGAGCCACCCGCAUGCCCACGCCCGGGCCAGGGCGGGCGGCUAUGGCAGCCAGAGUGGCGAAGGGGAAGAGAGACCAUCGGAAUACGCUGAUGUCCGCAGGUGAAUGGGCCAGAAAGGCGCCCUGGGGUGUGACGUCAGGCCUGCGGCCCGGGGGUGUGA